AUGGCACAAGGCUCACAGGCUUCCAUUGUCAAGAUUGCCGGCGCAGGGUUUCGGCUUUCACUGCUCCUUAAUGCUGCCGCUUGUCAACUCGCCCAGUCCAGACUAGAAAUCCAUAGCAUCGCCAAGGGAAUCUCGCUUUUCGCUCUGACCCUCAAGCAUGUCGGGCAGACUAUCGAGGGUACCGAUGUGGACCAGUCUCCAGAGGCAACGGAGAAGGCCUGGGAGAUCGCCGGACAAGGCCAAAUGAUCUUCAUUGAAAUCGAACACAUGCUGGACAAACUAAAGGCAACUGAUAGAGACAAUGAUCUUAUGAGAAUCCCACUACAGGAGAGACUCAAAUGGUGUUUUCGGAAGCAACAUGUCACUUAUCUGCUAGCCCAGUUGGAAUCUCUCAAGCUCAGCCUGAUUGUGAUGCUACAAACUCUGCAGCUUGGAUACGUUAUCAAAUCUAACGUUGAUGAUGGGAUCGAUACCGAUUCCCUUACAUCCACCACCGACGACUCCCUUGCUCAAGAGAAAGCGGAAUCUCAGAAUAUGAUCAUCGUCCGAUACUGGUCUGUCAAGCGCCUCGAUCGCUUGUGGGAUCUUGUGGAACAGGAGACUUUGGAUGCCGCCAAUGACCUAACAAACCAGAGGAUCUGUUCCAAUUACUCAUCCAAUACGGCACGCUCGAAUCCGACAAGACUGCCCACCAUUACUUUUGGAGACAGUGACGUGGGACUGAGUGACAUGGAAAGAUCCCCGAAGGAUAUGGUGCAACUAUCUGAGAGCACAUUAAACCGGCUGCUUUCACUCUGGGUGCCUUUCAUUGACCCUUCGAAACUACACCACGCCGGCAAAGGCCUCGACACAUCCAACCAGCUAGUACAACCUCGAGUCUACGUCUCUUCGGACACCGAGGAUGACAGCGAAGAGCUACACCUUAAUAGUCACGAGAUUCGAGGUUACUAUCUCGAAGGACCAACAGUGGACUGGAGAGACCCUCAUUCACAAGAGGCCCGACAGCAUGCAGCAGAGUUACGCCGAAAGUACUCUAGCUACCAGGCCCAGGUGGAAAGUGAACCGGAGCCUGAUGAAUACCCCAAGCAUCGAGAUACUCGCAGCGACCCAAGAGUCAUCGACUCAAGUGAUGAGGGCGAGCAAAGAUCCAACUCUCUUCGGCCCUCACACAUCACCAACCCCAUGCAAGGUCGUUCUCACUCCAACAGCCUCUCAUCCAGAUAUCCUCCUGGUUACAACAAUCUCGACAGCAAACCCCCCGCAUACCCAAGCGGCAGCUUCCCAACCCCGAGCCAUGCUCUACCCCGUCCUCCACCACUGCCUUCACACGCGCAGCCAGGUCCUCCCCAGCCGUACAAAUACUAUCCAAACCAAGACUAUGCCACAGCGCCCCGAUCCAUCCCAAUGAACAUGAACCAGCCAAACAACCCAUCCAUCACCAUUCCCAAUACUAGCCCUUCUCCCAGAGGCUCAUCGCCAAACCAAGUCCAUUUUGAGACCCCCUGGGCCCGAAACCAGGCAUACAACAAUAUCCCCAACAACAGCAAACUCCAACCCCGCCAUUAUUCAUCUGCAUACCCACUUUCCUCCUCAUCCCCCGAGUCUAGCUUCCGAGCCUCACCGCCUCGCUCGGAUCAACGAUCCCCAUCGUCACACCCACGUCGCUCCUCGCGUGAAGAAGCCAAGGAGCGACAUAAAGCGUUGACUCGUAAUGCUACGAGGGGGUUGGUGGGAAUCGGGGCUAUUGCUGGGUUUAUGGAUGCGCUGGAGGCGUUUUCAAUUCUGUGA